UAUCAGCCGCCUCCGCCGUAACCUUAACCCUCCCUCACUCUCCCCUCUGACUCCUCCGCCGUACCAAAAAGCCUUCUCCUCCCUACCACCGCCGCCAUGGUGUCUCACCCCAAAGACGACGCUUACCUCACCAACGUAGUUCCCAAGCGCAUCCGGCUCUUCAUGGAAAUCCAGGCUAGGCAUGCAGCUCUCCCUUCUGAUCCAAUCAAGAUUACAUUGCUGGACGGGAAGGUGAAGGAGGGGAAGAAGUGGGUUACUUCGCCCUUCGACGUUGUGAAGGAGAUUUCCAAGAGCUUGGCGUCCAAUGCUUUAAUUUCUGAGGUCAAUGGAGUACUGUGGGACAUGACCAGGCCUUUGGAGGGUGACUGUGACCUGAAGCUGUUUACUUUUGAGAAUGCUGAAGGGAGGGACAUGCACUUUCUGGCACUCUUGCGCGCAUAAUAUGGGAGAGGUAGUGAUACUUCUGUUUUGAAGUUUUGGUGUGUUUAGCUAGAUUGAGUUGUAUUGAUGGAAUUUUGAUUAUUGAUGGAAUUUUGAUUUGUUGGAGGCAGCAGAGUAUGGAUGCAAGCUGUGUAUAGGUCCUUAAUAUUACACCACUAGAGGAGAGGUGUGAUCACCAUCUCAGUUUAGUC